UACAAAAAUGACAUGAAUUGUGCAAAUCUCGGUGGUGCCGAGUGGAGUUACCCACUUUUCCCCCUUGAACACUCGAGAACGAUAACAAGAACGCAAAAGAGGAGGGAAAAUCAAACACAGCCCCUAUUUUAAUCUCUGCGUUUUUCUCUUAAGCCCUAAUUUCCAUUUAUACAUUCUAACCCCACACACAUCAUUGUUCUUCUUCUUCUUCUUCUUCUAGCGAGAACGAGAAUCACAAUCUCCGUUGCUCUCAGCUCAACUUCAUAGUGCAUGGUGCUCUGUCACUGCCACUUGCGCAAAUUCCCUUUGAACCCUAGAAUCACACCAUAGACUAACCUGAAUCCGAAUUCUUCAGUCAACCUAUUAGCCUAGGGUUUUAGCCCCUUCUCAUUUGUUGUUUCACUCCUAAACCCUCCAAAAUGAGUCCCGUUCAGAAUUUCGAGCAACAUUCCCGUCACCUCGUCGAGCCUGACCUCCCGAUUCAGACAAGGUUGAAUAUGGUGAUGGAGGUUAGGGAUAGUCUUGAGAUUGCUCAUACCGCUGAGUACUUGAAUUUUCUCAAGUGUUACUUCAGGGCGUUUUCUGCGAUACUUCUGCAAGUUACUAAGCCGCAAUUUGUUGACAAUCCCGAGCACAAGCUUAGAAACAUUGUGGUUGAGAUAUUGAAUAGACUGCCACACAGCGAAGUUCUACGACCGUUUGUACAGGACCUCUUGAAGGUUGCUAUGCAAGUGCUUACGACCGAUAAUGAAGAAAAUGGAUUGAUUUGUAUCCGUAUAAUCUUUGACCUUUUGAGGAACUUUAGGCCAACUCUUGAACAUGAAGUGCAACCAUUUCUUGACUUCGUUUGUAAGAUAUACCAGAAUUUUAAAUUAACUGUUAGUCAUUUCUUUGACAACAUGGCAAUGACUGGGGAAGAGGUCAAGCCCAUGGAGACUUCACUUUCAGAUCAGGGCAUAGGCGGUUCCAGUGCCACUGCCACUGGUUCGCAGCUUAAUCCGAGUACUCGUUCCUUCAAGAUAGUAACGGAGAGUCCGCUGGUUGUGAUGUUUCUGUUUCAAUUGUAUAGCCGUCUUGUUCAAGCUAACAUCCCUCAGUUAUUGCCGUUGAUGGUUACUGCUAUAUCAGUUCAGGGCCCUGAUAGGGUUCCUCCCCAUUUGAAAACUCAUUUCAUUGAACUCAAGGGUGCACAAGUUAAGACAGUUUCUUUUUUAACUUAUCUGUUAAAAAGCUAUGCUGAUUAUAUAAGGCCGCAUGAAGAAAACAUAUGUAAAAGCAUUGUGAGUUUGCUUGUAACAUGUUCUGAUUCAGUAUCUAUUAGAAAGGAGUUGUUAAUAUCCCUGAAACAUGUCCUCGGAACUGAUUUCAGGAGGGGUUUAUUUCCUUUGAUUGACACUCUACUGGAAGAAAGGGUUUUGGUUGGCACUGGGAGAGCAUGCUUUGAGACAUUGAGGCCGUUGGCUUAUAGUCUUCUGGCAGAGAUUGUGCAUCAUGUUCGGCAGGAUCUCUCCUUAUCACAGUUGUCGCGAAUUAUUUACUUAUUCUCAAGUAAUAUGCAUGAUGCUUCAUUAUCAUUGAGUAUCCACACCACAUGUGCGCGCUUGAUGUUGAAUCUGGUGGAACCAAUUUUUGAGAAGGGGGUUGAUCAACAGUCUACGGAUGAAGCAAGGGUCCUACUGGGUCGCAUUCUGGAUGCUUUUGUUGGGAAAUUCAGUACUUUCAAACGUACAAUACCCCAGCUUCUGGAGGAAGGCGAGGAAGGGAAGGAUCGCACUACCCUGAGAUCAAAGCUUGAACUUCCUGUACAGGCAGUCUUGAAUUUGCAGGUCCCUGUAGAGCAUUCAAAGGAAGUCAAUGAUUGCAAACAUCUCAUUAAGACAUUAGUGAUGGGAAUGAAGACCAUUAUAUGGAGCAUUACUCAUGCACAUUCCCCGAGAUCUCAGGUGCUUGUCCCACCAGCACCUAAUUUAUCACCACCCCAAGCAUCAAGGGGCAUGAGAGAAGAUGAGGUCUAUAAAGCCUCUGGUGUUCUAAAAAGUGGUGUACAUUGCUUAGCACUUUUCAAGGAGAAGGACGAGGAGAGGGAAAUGCUUCAUCUGUUCUCUCAGAUUUUAGCCAUCAUGGAACCUCGAGACCUUAUGGAUAUGUUCUCGCUCUGUAUGCCUGAGCUUUUUGAGUGCAUGAUAUCGAACACUCAACUUGUCCAUAUAUUCUCAACGCUUCUGGCAGCUGUAAAAGUGUACCGUCCAUUUGCUGAUGUGCUUGUUAAUUUCCUUGUGAGCAGUAAACUUGAUGUGUUGAAGCACCCAGAUUCACCUGCAGCCAAACUGGUUUUACAUCUCUUUAGGUUUAUAUUUGGUGCUGUUUCAAAAGCACCUGCUGAUUUUGAACGGAUUUUGCAGCCUCAUGUGCCUGUUAUAAUGGAUGUUUGCAUGAAAAAUGCAACUGAGGUUGAAAGGCCUCUUGGUUACAUUCAGUUGCUUCGUACAAUGUUCAGGGCACUUUCAGGGUGCAAAUUCGAACUCUUGCUUCGGGACCUGAUCCCCAUGUUGCAGCCUUGCCUUAAUAUGUUGUUGGCUAUGCUGGAAGGGCCAACUGGGGAAGAUAUGAGAGAUCUUUUAUUGGAGCUCUGCAUGACCUUACCUGCCCGGUUGAGUUCUCAGUUACCAUAUCUUCCUCGUCUGAUGAAGCCAUUGGUAUUAUGUCUCAAGGGAAGCGAUGAACUAGUGGGUCUUGGAUUGCGAACACUUGAAUUUUGGGUUGAUAGUUUAAAUCCUGACUUUCUUGAGCCUAGUAUGGCUAAUUUCAUGUCCGAAAUCAUUCUGGCCUUGUGGUCUCACCUAAGGCCAGCUCCCUAUCCCUGGGGUGCAAAAGCAUUGCAACUUCUUGGCAAGUUAGGUGGCCGAAACAGACGCUUCCUCAAAGAGCCGCUGGCACUCGAGUGUAAAGAGAACCCUGAGCAUGGGGUCCGUCUAAUUCUGACGUUUGAGCCUGCAACACCAUUCUUGGUGCCACUUGAUCGUUGCAUAAAUCUUGCUGUGGAAGCUGUAAUGAAUAGGAAUUGUGGUAUGGAUGCUUUCUUCCGGAAGCAGGCUCUAAAAUUUCUUCGUGUUUGUUUAUCCUCUCAGCUCAAUUUGCCUGGAACUAUUGCUGAUGAGGGAGUUACAUCCAAGCAGUUGUCUGCAUUGUUGGUUUCUACAGUUGAUCAAUCAAUACGGAGGUCUGAGUCAACAGAUGUAAAGGCUGAUUUAGGGGUAAAGACAAAGACUCAACUUAUGGCUGAGAAGUCAGUUUUCAAGAUUCUUUUAAUGACUGUCAUGGCUGCCAAUGGUGAACCAGAUCUAACAGAUCCUGCAGAUGAUUUUGUUGUCAAUAUAUGUCGCCAUUUUGCAGUGAUAUUUCAUAUUGAUUCUUCAUCCGGUAAUCUGUCAGCGGCUGCUCUGGGUGGUUCGUUACUCUCAAAUAAUGUUCAUGUUGGUUCUAGGCCAAAACCUAAUGGUUGUUCAAAUCUGAAGGAGCUGGACCCUCUAAUAUUCUUGGAUGCUUUAGUUGAUGUACUAGCAGAUGAAAACAGGCUCCAUGCCAAAGCUGCUCUCUCUGCUUUAAAUGUGUUUGCAGAAACUCUUGUAUUCCUAGCUCGUUCAAAACAUACUGAUUUUAUAAUGUCUAGAGGGCCUGGUACACCUAUGAUUGUCUCUAGCCCAUCAAUGAAUCCUGUGUAUUCUCCGCCCCCAAGUGUUCGUGUUCCAGUAUUUGAGCAACUUUUGCCCCGUCUUCUGCAUUGUUGCUAUGGACUUACAUGGCAAGCACAAAUGGGUGGUGUCAUGGGACUGGGUGCUUUGGUAGGGAAGGUCACUGUUGAGACACUCUGCAUUUUUCAGGUAAGAAUUGUCCGUGGUCUAAUAUAUGUCCUCAAAAAACUUCCCAUAUAUGCUACUAAAGAGCAGGAAGAGACAAGUCAAGUGCUCACACAAGUUCUUCGAGUGGUGAAUAAUGCUGAUGAAGCAAAUAGUGAGGCACGUAGGCAAAGUUUUCAAGGAGUAGUAGAUUUUCUUGCUCAAGAGUUGUUUAACCAUAAUGCAUCUGUCAUAGUGAGAAAGAAUGUACAAUCAUGCUUGGCACUCUUAGCUAGCAGGACCGGUAGUGAGGUGUCUGAAUUACUCGAGCCAUUAUACCAGCCUUUGCUCCAGCCUCUUAUAAUGCGUCCCCUCAAGCUAAAGACUGUUGAUCAGCAGGUUGGAACAGUUACAGCUUUGAAUUUUUGUUUGGCUUUGAGACCUCCUCUUCUCAAGUUGACUCCAGAGCUAGUUAACUUCCUGCAAGAUGCAUUGCAAAUAGCUGAAUCUGAUGACAAUGCUUGGGUUGCUAAGUUUAUCAACCCUAAGGUCGUUACAUCAUUGACCAAGCUCCGGACAGCUUGCAUUGAGCUGCUGUGUACAACAAUGGCAUGGGCUGAUUUUAAGACUCCAAAUCACUCUGAAUUGCGUGCGAAGAUUAUUUCAAUGUUUUUCAAGUCUCUGACUUGUCGGACACCUGAAAUUGUUGCUGUUGCAAAGGAGGGCCUACGACAGGUUAUUAAUCAGAGGAUGCCCAAAGAACUUUUACAAAGUAGCCUUAGGCCUAUAUUGGUCAAUUUAGCGCACACAAAAAAUCUCAGCAUGCCACUUCUGCAAGGGCUAGCUCGCCUCCUUGAGCUGUUGUCCAAUUGGUUUAAUGUCACGCUGGGUGGUAAGCUUUUGGAGCAUCUAAAGAGGUGGCUGGAGCCUGAAAAGCUGGCACAGAGUCAGAAGUCAUGGAAGGCUGGUGAAGAACCAAAAAUUGCUGCAGCUAUAAUUGAGCUUUUUCACUUGCUUCCUGCUGCUGCUUCAAAAUUCCUUGAUGAACUCGUAACCUUGACUAUUGACUUGGAAGGAGCUCUUCCCCCGGGACAGGUGUACAGUGAAAUCAACAGUCCAUAUCGACUUCCACUUACGAAGUUCUUAAAUCGAUAUGCACCGCUUGCAGUUGAUUAUUUUCUUUCUAGAUUAAGUGAACCAAAAUAUUUCAGGCGUUUUAUGUAUAUUAUUCGAUCAGAAGCUGGUCAGCCUUUGAGAGAUGAACUUGCAAAAUCACCACAAAAGAUUCUUUCAAGUGCGUUCUCUGAAUAUCUGCCCAAGUCUGAUGUGGCAAUGGCUCCUGGAUCCACAAGUACGCAUGCUGGUUUAUUAGCUGAAGAUAGCCUUGCUGCUCCUUCGACUGAUGCUUCUAAUCCGCCUGCUCCUGUUCCGAGUGAAACUUCUAAUGCUUAUUUCCAGGGACUAGCACUUAUAAAAACCCUGGUCAAAUUAAUCCCUGGUUGGUUACAAAGUAAUCGGAUUGUGUUUGAUACAUUAGUACUUGUUUGGAAGUCACCUGCAAGGAUAUCCCGACUGCAAAAUGAACAAGAGCUGAACCUAGUGCAAGUUAAAGAAAGUAAAUGGCUUGUGAAAUGUUUCCUGAACUAUUUGAGACAUGACAAGAAUGAAGUGAAUGUUCUCUUUGAUAUACUUACCAUAUUCUUAUUUCAUAGUCGUAUCGACUACACAUUCCUGAAGGAGUUUUACAUUAUUGAGGUUGCAGAAGGCUAUACGCCGAGUAUGAAGAAGGCUCUUCUGUUGCAUUUUCUGAACCUUUUCCAAUCAAAACAACUUAGUCUUGAUCAUUUGGUGAUUGUUAUGCAAAUGCUUAUCCUUCCCAUGCUUGCACAUGCCUUUCAAAAUGGCCAAAGUUGGGAGGUUGUUGAUCCAGCUAUUAUAAAAACAAUUGUUGAUAAACUUCUUGAUCCUCCAGAAGAGGUUUCUGCUGAGUAUGAUGAGCCUUUGAGAAUAGAACUACUACAGCUUGCGACUUUGCUUCUUAAGUAUCUUCAAAAUGAUCUUGUGCAUCAUAGGAAGGAACUGAUAAAGUUUGGAUGGAAUCAUCUUAAGCGUGAAGAUACAGCAAGCAAACAGUGGGCAUUUGUGAAUGUUUGCCACUUCUUGGAAGCAUAUCAAGCCCCAGAAAAAAUAAUACUUCAGGUUUUUGUAGCUCUUCUUAGGACAUGCCAACCAGAAAAUAAAAUGCUGGUAAAGCAGGCUCUUGACAUACUGAUGCCUGCACUACCUCGACGUUUGCCCCUUGGUGAGUCUCGGAUGCCCAUAUGGAUAAGAUACACUAAGAAGAUUCUUGUUGAGGAAGGCCAUUCAAUUCCGAAUCUCAUCCACAUAUUCCAACUCAUUGUCCGCCAUUCAGAUCUGUUCUACACCUGCAGAGCACAGUUUGUUCCUCAGAUGGUGAAUUCUUUAAGUCGCUUGGGAUUGCCGUAUAAUACCACAGCAGAAAACAGACGACUCGCUAUUGAGCUUGCAGGAUUGGUUGUUAAUUGGGAAAAGCGACGACAAAAUGAGAUGAAAAUUGUUACUGAAAAUGAUCCUUCCCACCAAGUCAAUGAUGUCUUCAAUCCUAGUAUAUCUGAUUCUAAGCGAUCUGUUGAUGGUUCCACAUUUUCUGAAGAAACAUCUAAACGAAUAAAAGCAGAACCUGGUCUGCCAUCCCUUGGUGUGAUGUCACCUGGUGGUCCAUCAUCAAUUCCCAACAUUGAAACCCCAGGAUCUGCCAGUCAACCUGACGAAGAAUUUAAACCAAAUGCUGCUAUGGAGGAAAUGAUUAUAAACUUUCUUAUCAGAGUUGCCUUGGUCAUUGAGCCUAAGGACAAAGAAGCAAGUGCAAUGUACAAACAAGCUUUGGAGCUUUUGUCACAGGCAUUAGAAGUGUGGCCAAAUGCAAAUGUAAAAUUCAAUUAUUUGGAAAAGUUGCUAAGCAGUAUUCAGCCAUCCCAGGCAAAGGACCCUUCCACGGCACUGGCACAGGGUUUGGAUGUCAUGAACAAAGUUUUAGAGAAACAGCCUCACUUGUUCAUAAGAAACAACAUUAACCAGAUUUCUCAAAUUCUUGAACCAUGUUUCAAGCACAAACUUUUAGAUGCCGGCAAGUCUUUUUGCUCCCUGUUGAAGAUGAUCUUCGUUGCGUUUCCUCAGGAAGCAGCCACAACGCCUGCUGAUGUUAAGUUGUUGUACCAGAAGCUUGAUGAUUUGAUACAGAAACAUGUCACCACUGUUACAGCUCCUCAAACAUCUAGUGAUGAUAAUAAUGCUAGUUCAAUUAGUUUCCUGUUGCUUGUCCUAAAAACUUUGACAGAGGUACAAAGAAACUUUAUUGAUCCUUCAUUUCUAGUUCGUAUUCUUCAGCGGCUGCAGCGUGAUAUGGGGUCAACAGCAGGUUCUCAUUUGAGACAGGGCCAGAGAACAGAUCCAGAUUCUGCGGUCACAUCCUCUCGUCAAGGAGCUGAUGUAGGAGCCGUUAUUUCAAAUCUUAAGUCAAUCUUAAAACUAAUCACUGAAAGGGUGAUGGUUGUUCCUGAGUGCAAGCGAUCUGUGUCUCAAAUAUUAAAUGCUUUGCUCUCAGAGAAGGGUAUUGAUGCUAGUGUACUCCUUUGCAUACUUGAUGUGAUUAAAGGGUGGAUUGAAGAAGACUUCUGCAAACAAGGAACUUCAAUGAUGUCAAGUGCCUUUCUGAAUCUCAAGGAGAUAAUUGCUUUUCUGCAGAAGCUUUCACAAGUUGAUAAGCAGAACUUCUCUCCAGUUGCUCUGGAAGAAUGGGACCGGAAAUAUCUUGAACUUCUUUAUGGGAUUUGUGCAGAUAUAAAUAAAUACCCUACACAUGUGCGUCAAGAGGUUUUCCAAAAGGUCGAAAGGCAGUUUAUGCUUGGUUUACGAGCUAAGGAUCCUGAAAUUAGGAUGAAAUUUUUCUCUCUCUAUCAUGAAUCCCUUGGGAAGAGUCUUUUCACUAGGCUUCAAUUCAUUAUCCAAGUUCAGGACUGGACAGCUCUAAGUGAUGUCUUUUGGCUCAAACAAGGCCUUGAUCUGCUCUUGGCAAUAUUGGUUGAGGAUAAACCUAUAACACUAGCUCCAAAUUCUGCCAGGGUUCAACCACUUUUGGUUUCAAGCACUCCUUUGGAAUCAUCUGGGAUGCAGCACAAGGUCAGUGAUGUUUCUGAAGGAACAGAGGAUGCUCCACUAACGUUUGAGGCCCUUGUGAAUAAGCAUGCGCAGUUUCUUAACAGCAUGAGCAAACUCCAGGUGGCUGAUCUGUUAAUUCCACUGAGAGAGCUAGCCCAUACAGAUGCUAAUGUUGCGUAUCAUUUGUGGGUUUUGGUAUUUCCAAUUGUUUGGGUUACAUUACAUAAAGAUGAACAGGUAGCACUUGCUAAACCGAUGAUUGCCCUUUUGUCUAAAGAUUACCACAAGAGGCAGCAGGCCAGCAGACCAAAUGUAGUGCAAGCUCUGUUAGAAGGGCUUCAGUUGAGCCAUCCUCAACCCAGAAUGCCAAGCGAGCUCAUCAAAUAUAUUGGAAAAACUUAUAAUGCAUGGCACAUUGCACUGGCUUUGCUGGAAAGCCAUGUUAUGCUGUUCCCAAAUGAAUCCAAAUGCUCCGAGUCUCUGGCUGAGCUCUAUCGAUUGCUAAAUGAAGAUGAUAUGCGAUGUGGGCUAUGGAAGAAGAGGUCACUGACUGCAGAAACCAGGGCUGGGCUUUCCCUUGUUCAACAUGGUUACUGGCAGCGAGCUCAAAGUCUCUUUUUUCAGGCUAUGAUGAAGGCAACUCAAGGAACAUAUAACAACACUGUGCCAAAGGCUGAGAUGUGUCUUUGGGAAGAGCAAUGGUUAUACUGUGCUAGUCAACUCAGUCAAUGGGAUGCUCUGGCAGAGUUUGGUAAGAGUGUUGAGAACUAUGAAAUUCUGCUGGACAGUCUCUGGAAAUUGCCUGAUUGGACAUAUAUGAAGGAGCAUGUCAUGCCAAAAGCUCAAGUGGAAGAAACACCUAAACUUCGUUUGAUUCAAGCAUACUUUACACUUCAUGACAAAAGUACAAAUGGUGUGGGGGAUGCGGAGAACAUGGUGGGUAAGGGUGUCGAUCUUGCACUGGAACAAUGGUGGCAGCUGCCUGAAAUGUCUGUUCAUUCCCGAAUCCCCCUUCUGCAGCAAUUCCAACAAAUAGUUGAAGUUCAAGAGUCAGCUAGGAUUAUAAUGGACAUUUCCAAUGGAAAUAAACACUCUGGAGGAAAUUCUGUUGUUGGUGUGCAAGGAAAUCUUUAUGCUGAUCUGAAGGACAUUCUUGAGACUUGGAGACUUAGAACUCCAAAUAAAUGGGAUAACAUGUCUGUUUGGUAUGAUUUGCUGCAGUGGAGAAAUGAAAUGUAUAAUUCUGUGAUAGAAGCUUUCAAAGAUUUUGGUUCCACGAAUUCGACACUUCAUCAUCUUGGCUACCGUGACAAAGCAUGGACUGUCAAUAGGCUUGCUCACAUUGCUCGUAAGCAAGGCCUGUUUGAUGUUUGUGUCACCAUACUUGAAAAAUUAUAUGGUCAUUCAACCAUGGAAGUGCAGGAAGCCUUUGUUAAGAUAACAGAGCAGGCAAAGGCAUACUUAGAAACAAAGGGGGAACUUACAAGUGGUCUUAAUCUGAUCAACAGCACUAAUCUGGAAUAUUUUCCAGCAAAGCACAAGGCAGAAAUUUUCCGUCUGAAAGGGGAUUUCUUGUUGAAAUUGAAUGACUCUGAAGAUGCUAAUCUUGCUUAUUCAAAUGCCAUUAGUCUUUUUAAGAACUUGCCUAAGGGAUGGAUAAGCUGGGGAAACUAUUGUGAUAUUGCUUACAGAGAAACUCAUGAUGAGAUCUGGUUGGAAUAUGCUGUUAGUUGCUUCUUACAAGGUGUAAAAUUUGGUGUGUCUAAUUCAAGAAGCCAUCUGGCUCGCGUGCUUUAUCUUCUUAGCUUUGACACUGCUAACGAGCCUGUUGGAAGGUCAUUUGAUAAGUUCUUUGACCAAGUACCUCAUUGGGUUUGGCUCUCUUGGAUUCCACAGCUUUUGCUCUCCCUUCAGAGGACAGAAGCCCCACAUUGUAAACUUGUUCUUCUGAAGAUUGCAACCUUGUAUCCUCAGGCUCUAUAUUACUGGCUGCGGACAUAUUUAUUGGAGCGGCGUGAUGUUGCCAAUAAAUCUGAACUGGGUAGAUUAGCAAUGGUUCAGCAAAGAGCCCAACAAAGUGUAUCUGGUUCUAGUGGAGGCUCUCUAGGUGGGUUGGCCGAUGGUAGCACAAGAGUACAAGGUCCGGGUGGUACCACCUUGUCAUCUGACGUUCAAGUUCACCAAGGCUCUCAAUCUGCUGGUGGAAUUGGAUCCCAUGAUGGUGGAAACUCACAUGGGCAAGAAGCUGAAAGGUCUACAAGUGCAGAAAGCAGCAUGCAUAAUGGUAAUGACCAACCACUGCAGCAAGGUUCUGCAAACCUCAAUGAAGCUGGGCAGAAUACGUUAAGGCGUGCUGGUGCUUUAGGUUUUGUGGCAUCUGCUGCCAGUGCUUUUGAUGCUGCAAAAGACAUAAUGGAGGCUCUUAGGAGCAAGCAUGCUAAUUUGGCUAGUGAACUUGAGAUCCUACUAACAGAAAUUGGCUCAAGGUUUGUCACUCUCCCUGAGGAGAGACUUUUGGCGGUAGUUAAUGCUUUGCUCCAUCGCUGCUACAAAUAUCCAACUGCUACAACUGCUGAAGUUCCUCAAUCUCUCAAGAAGGAGCUCUCAGGCGUUUGUAGGGCUUGCUUUUCUGCAGAUGCUGUAAAUAAGCAUGUCGAUUUUGUGAGGGAGUAUAAACAGGAUUUUGAACGUGACCUUGACCCAGAAAGCACAGCCACUUUCCCAUGUACCCUCUCUCAACUGACUGAGCGGUUGAAGCACUGGAAAAAUGUUCUACAAAGUAAUGUGGAGGACAGGUUUCCAGCAGUUUUGAAGUUAGAAGAAGAAAGCAGGGUGUUGCGGGACUUCCAUGUCAUUGAUGUGGAAGUACCUGGGCAGUAUUUCAUUGAUCAGGAGAUUGCACCAGAUCAUACUGUGAAGUUGGACAGGGUUGCAGCAGAUAUUCCAAUUGUGAGAAGGCACGGGAGCAGUUUCCGGCGUUUGACUUUAAUUGGCUCUGAUGGUUCCCAGCGUCAUUUUAUCGUUCAGACAUCUCUGACUCCCAAUGCCAGAAGUGAUGAGCGCAUAUUGCAGCUUUUCCGUGUGAUGAACCAAAUGUUUGAGAAGCACAAGGAAUCCAGACGCCGUCACAUAGGCAUUAAUACACCAAUAAUUAUUCCUGUUUGGUCCCAGGUUCGCAUGGUUGAAGAUGAUCUGAUGUAUAGUACUUUCCUUGAGGUCUAUGAGAAUCAUUGUGCAAGGAAUGAUCGCGAGGCAGAUCAUCCAAUUACCUACUUCAAGGAGCAGUUGAACCAGGCUAUAUCUGGGCAAAUAUCACCAGAAGCUGUUGUUGAUCUACGCCUGCAAGCCUAUAAUGAAAUAACAAAAAAUCUUGUUACUGACAACAUCUUUUCACAGUAUAUGUACAAAACUCUGCCAAGUGGCAACCAUAUGUGGGCUUUCAAGAAGCAAUUCGCCAUCCAGUUGGCCCUUUCAAGUUUCAUGUCUUAUAUGCUACAAAUUGGUGGAAGAUCCCCUAACAAGAUUUUGUUCGCAAAGAAUACUGGAAAAAUAUUUCAAACUGAUUUUCACCCUGCGUAUGAUGUAAAUGGACUGAUUGAGUUCAAUGAGCCAGUCCCAUUCAGGUUAACAAGGAAUAUGCAAGCAUUUUUCUCCCAUGGAGUAGAAGGUCUUAUUGUAUCUUCAAUGUGUGCAGCAGCACAGGCCGUGGCAUCACCUAAACAAAGUCAACAUCUGUGGCAUCAUCUUGCAAUGUUUUUCCGCGAUGAGCUAUUGUCAUGGUCUUGGAGAAGGCCGCUUGGGAUGCCCAUGGCCCCCAUGGCUGGUGGAACAAUGAGUCCCGUUGACUUCAAACAGAAGGUUAUCACAAAUGUGGAGCAUGUUGUAGAAAGGAUUAAGGGGGUAGCCCCACAGAACUACUCUGAAGAGGAGGAAAAUGCCAUGGAGCCACCCCAACCUGUGCAGAGGGGUGUUACUGAGUUGGUUGAGGCUGCCUUAAACCCAAGGAACUUGUGCAUGAUGGAUCCAACGUGGCAUCCCUGGUUCUAAGAUCCAAAACUAUUCUCUUGUAAAUACGUGUCGAUAUUAGGCUAUUAGGUUUAUCGAGCGAUAAAACUUAUCAUUGGGAACCAAGGUGUAAAUAACUUGGGUCACUUUGAUCAGUGUAUAUGAGGGUGACACAGAUACUGAAGUCUUUUCUAUAAUUGUAUACGGCGUAGGAGCCGAAAGUAAAUUCCUCAUGGGAUCGAGUAGAAUCGAGAAGAGGCUUCAAAUCUGAUGAAAAACUAAUUUAUAUGUAGAAUUUGUUUAAAUUAAAUUAUUUUUUAUUUCCUUAA